CUUACUAUGUAUAUGGUAAGAAAUUGAAGUACGGAGCCAAACAUGAAAAAGGUCACGAAUAGGGUUUCUGAACCUACUAUUUGAUAUCCUUCGAUGGCCUCCUUGUCUUCUUCUUCUUCGAAGCUUGCAUGGCUUUGGUGCUUGGAAGCUCUUGCAGACUUUAAACCCGUGGACACAGCUCUUCUUCGCGAUUUGACGAGUAGAGUUCCAGACUUGUCCAACAAAUCGAGUGAAACUUCUCGGGAAAGAGUUGCUUUGAGAUGCUUGGAGCAGUGGCUUAGUCUGAAUGGUGCGUCAGAUGCAAGAGUUGCAUCUUUGACAUCGGGGUCUGGUUUCGAGGCCAUUGAUGGUGUGGCCGAGAGAAGAAGCUGCGAAGAGGUUCUCCGUCUUGUUCUGAACAAGACAAAAGUGUCAGAAAUGUUGAAGCAGGAGGUUCAGCAGUUUAUUCUCCAUAAAAGAGAGAGCUUGCCUAGAUGUGCUUUAAGACAGCUGAAGGAUGCAAUCCUUGAUGGAACUCGUCCAAUUUCAACAUCCAUGUGGAAAAGGAGAUGUUUGACCAAGGGAAAUCAAAAUUGGAGUAUAAUUCAUGCCGGCGAGGGUGAUCCCACUGAACCUGCAAGGAUAUGUGACACUGGUGAUACUGAAAUUCAGACACCAGCAGAAAAAUCAUAUCAUCCACUUUCUCAAAAGAAUGGGAAAGAGCUCUUGCUAGAGGGACAGGAGUGGAACAAGAGUGAGUUGGACCAAGAAAAUCAAAACAAGAGUAUAAUUCCUACUGAUGGGAGUCAAUCUUUUGAACCUGUGAUGAUCCACAAGACUACUGGUGAUAAUGAAAUCCAGGCACCACAAGAAAGAUUAGUCUAUAUAGUUUCUGGUGGAAAUGGGAAAGGGCUCUUGCAAGGACAGCUUCUGGGUGGCAAUACCGAAUCUGCUCAGUGGGGUAUGACAAAUGAAAAGCCAAUUAAAAGGCAUCUUUCUCUUGAUGAUGAUCUUCAUGUGGAUGAGAGCCAUAUGAGUUUUCUGGAGGAUUGGGGACAGCAACCGUCAGAUCCUAAGUCGGAAACUGUGAUCCAUGAAACUGGGAAUGAAAUCUUGAAAGGAGAUCCAUCUGGUAGUGUUAUGAAAUCUACUAAAAGGGGAAGGAGUGGCCUCCUUAAGGAAGCACAAUUAAAUUGUUUGGGCAAAAGCAGAAUACUUACAGAAAAUACUGAUCACCUUGCAGAUGUCAAGAUAGCCAAACAUGAACAAGAGGAUCCUCUUGGAAGGAUAUGUUGCAAGUGUAGUAAUGGAGGUGGCCAAUUGUUAAUUUGCAGUCUGGUUUUGAUGAUAAAGGGAACUUCCAGUGUCCAUUUUGUUCAAGGGAUCGGGCAAUCACUGUCUAUCUUGAUUCAAAGAAGAAGGCUGCCCAAGCAAGGAAAUGUUUAG